CUUUAAAUGUUCUAAUUAAAUAUUCCUGUGAUGAAAUAGUUAAUUGUUGAUUUUUGAUUGAUCUCUCCAUUUCUGUAAUGAGUCGUUUUUGAUAUUCAAUUUCAACAUUUGCACCUUUGAGGUCCUUUUCGGUGCUAACUAACUUAUAGGUUAUAUCUUGCUGUUCCUUAUUUGUUUCAUCAGAUUCGACUUGGAAAAUGUCUAAUGUGGAUUCAAUUAGAUUUCGAGUGGAUUCACAUACUUUUAUAUCAGCAAAGUGACUCCAUAAACGACAGAAUAGAAGAAAUAACAACAGUUAUGUAACUCAAGUUGGACAAUAAUUUCAACUAAUUCUCAGAAGUGAUUCCUAAAAUAAACUCUAGAAAUAUUCACCAUAUCAUCAGGGGGAAUUGUAUCAUCCAAGUCAGUGUUUAAUUAUUGAACAACGUGAAAACCUCCUGCCAAGAUGUUAGAACCUAAUAACAGAUAUAUCUCAUGGUUGAAGCCUGGCACGGUCCUGCUCACCCUGAUCAUCUUCACAAUUCCAGAAUGUCUCUCCCUACGUCUCACGAACAUGACGGCACCUUUGAUCCAAGAUCCAAGGGAGAACAUGAACCUCUUCUGUGAAUUCGAUAUGGGUGGAGAAGAUCUUUAUGCCGUAAAAUGGUACAAAGAUGACCACGAGUUUUUCAGAUACAGCCCAGCAGGUCAACAACAGUUGCUUCAAUUCCAAGUUCUUGGCGUGCAUGUUGACGUAUCCAGAACGAAGUGUUCUAUGACAUCUUGCAAUCUGGUACUUAAUGAUUUAUCCAGAACGUUCAGCUCGGGAGCUUAUAGAUGUGAGGUAUCCACAGAGGCGCCAACGUUUAGGUUGGCAUCGCAGACCCAUAACAUCACAGUUGCAGUAAUUCCGAGGAACAACCCCACAAUAGAAGGCAUGAAAGAUAGAUACGUAGUUGGAGACUAUCUGGAGGGCUCCUGCACAUCAGGUUUGGGAGAUCCCAAGCCGAUCAUUUCUUGGUACCUGAACAAUAAACCAGUGGAAAAAAAUUUCAUCCGAGAAUUGACCCAGCGUCCAACUCCAUACUACCAAAAAGAUGGCGAAGUGAAGCUCGAAAGCACAACUGUACAACUUCGCCUGCCGCUAGACAAGAAGAUCAUUGGAAAUAAAACUAUAACAUACCUCGAGUUGGCUUGCUUACAAUCAUCAGACAUGACUGCUGCUGCAGCUUCUCUAUUCCGAAACACAACCAAGAUUAUCGCCCUAACUGAGGAACCCUUGAUAAACAACCAGAAGCUGUACGGAUUCUUCGGGGCAUCUUCUCGAAUUCAGAAUUCCAGUCUAUUGAUGUUCAUAGUGAUGUUAUGUUUCAUCUAUUGAUGGAAUUGGGAUUAUGUGCAAAGAGGUGGAGUUUAAUCAAAAGUUUGUACAGUUACGUGAGUGAAAGUUCAAAGCGUUAUGAAGAAGAAUGUGAUAUGAAUGGUUUUCUAAACUUUUCUUCGUUAUCGAAGGUUUAAUGAUAUAAGAUUUAAAUGGAUAUAUCAGUGAUAAAGUCAAAUUAAAAUAUCGUUAAAAUUCAUUAUGGUAAUAUAGGAUAAGUUAUUUCAUUGUUUUACGUUGGGAUCAGUAAAUUAUUCGUUCCAAAA